CUGAUCUAGUAAAGCGGCAGACGCUUGAAGUGUACGAGCAACAAACCAGCCGCAAACUACUCGCAGUUACUAACACAAGAAUCAUCUCCUUUUGGGGAGAUAAAUAGCAUGUUCGACAUAGUUUGAACUGGAUUAUUAACUCUAUAUUUAGCUGCGCACGAGUCGAUCUAGCUUACCUUUCUCCUCAUCGCUUGUGUGGAGUUUAAAGUGGACGUUUUGCGUGCGGUGAAUCAUUUCUGUUGUUCUUCAACGUCCAACGCACAUCCCAGCUGAAACCAUGCCAUUCCCUUUUGGGAAGUCUCAGAAGAGUCCUGCAGAGAUUGUGAAGAGUCUGAAGGAGAAUGUGGCAUACUUGGAGAAGCUGGAGUCCUCUGAAAGCAAGAAAUGUGAAAAGGUUGCAGAGGAAGUAUCAAAAAAUCUUGCGUCGUUGAAAGAGGUGCUGUGUGGCACUGGAGACAAGGAGCCUCAGACUGAGGCAGUGGCUCAACUGGCUCAAGAGCUCUACAACACCAACCUCCUCAUUUCCCUCAUAGCAAACCUACAGAGGAUUGAUUUCGAGGGAAAGAAGGAUGUGGUGCAUCUGUUUAGCAACAUAGUGCGUCGGCAGAUUGGCGCUCGCACCCCGACUGUGGAGUACAUCUCUUCCCACUCACAGAUCCUCUUUAUGCUGCUGAAAGGCUAUGAAACCCCAGAAGUGGCCCUUAACUGUGGCAUGAUGUUGAGGGAAUGUCUGCGUCAUGAACCUCUGGCCCGAAUCGUUCUGUUCUCUGAGGAGUUCUACUGCUUCUUUCGCUAUGUGGAGCUCUCUACUUUUGACAUUGCCUCUGAUGCCUUCUCCUCUUUUAAGGAUCUACUGACAAGACACAAGAUCAUGUGUGCAGAUUUCUUGGAGACAAAUUACGACAGAGUGUUCACAGAGUAUGAAAAGCUGCUGCAUUCUGAAAAUUAUGUCACCAAGCGGCAGUCUCUGAAGCUCUUAGGAGAACUAUUACUGGACAGACACAACUUCACAGUCAUGACCAAAUACAUCAGUCGAGCCGAGAACCUAAAGCUGAUGAUGAACAUGUUGAAAGACAACAGCCGCAACAUCCAGUUUGAAGCCUUCCAUGUCUUUAAGGUGUUUGUGGCUAACCCCAAUAAGACACAGCCUGUGCUGGACAUCCUCCUCAAGAAUCAGUCCAAGCUGGUGGACUUCCUGAGCCGCUUUCAAACGGACCGCUCUGAAGACGAGCAGUUCUGUGAUGAGAAGAACUAUCUCAUUAAGCAGAUCCGGGACCUCAAACGGCCUGCACCUGCAGAGGAGUCCUAAUGGGAAAACAUGGAGUGUAGAGCUUGGCUAGUGAUGUGGUUUGAUUAUGUGGAUGGGAGGAAAAAAAUAAGUCAAAGACAGAAAGAAAGGCUGGCAUCACUCGGAUUAAAUCUCUUUACAUCCAACUUCUGAAACAGGUAGAGAAAUGCUGUCAGGAUGUGCAAACAUAUGUCUGUCCCUUUACUUAGGGGCAAGCAGGUUUUUGCUGCAGGAGGAGCAAGUGGAACCCAAGCACUCCAUUUAAACCUAUAUACAGUACAUGUUUUAGCACUGCCCUUAAAAAGGAAGUACAGUUGAUUUACCUUUAGAUGGUAAAACGUAUAUUUAAAAAAUGCAUUCAAAUUGUUCAGAAUGAAAAGUAUAUUGAAAGCCUGCUCAGGCCUUUGUAACAUUUUUAAAAGUAAGAACGUGUAUAUUGGUACAGGUAUGGCUUUGCAUAUUUGCACUGAAUCUGGUAGCUUUGCUCCAGGUAGGCCAUUAGUGCCACUUCAUAAACCAAAUAUUAACGUUAGGUCAUAAAUACAGGACAUUAUGGGGCCUUCUUCUACACAAAUGAAUCAGGACAUUCUCACAUUUAAACUAGUCAAGGGACAUUAAAGCAUUUUAUAGUCUAAAAAAGCCAUGUGGUCAAGUGAAAUCUUACUAUAAAAAUAAAUAGUCUGUAGAGUUCAGUGGUCAUGUUGAAUGCUGCACUCAAUUUCCAUUUGAACUGGGUGCCUUAUUUAAGUAGCUUGGUCAUUCUGGGUCUUCUAUUACAUUUAUAUUUAUCUAUAACAAUGGAUUUGUAGUUUUUAUUCUGCUUUUGCUUGGGUUAACACCUUAGGAGGAUUAGUUUUAUUUAAACUAUUUAAAAAUAUGAAAUGAUAAAAAAAAAAAAUACUCAUUUAAAGUUUUCUCAGUUUAGAUGAACCAUGCAAUGCAUUUAGGGUUCAUAAAUUUGAGUACAUGGUACACAGUGCAUCU